GGACACGACAUUUUAUUCUAAUUCUAAUUUAUACCCAAAUAAAAGUCAAAUAAACCACCGACGAAGCCUUUCAUUCCUCCGUCGCGCUCACAAGUUCCACGGCCUUCUUCUCCAAAAUCUCCUCUCCAGAUCGUCGGAAAUCUCCGCCGCCUCGAUGGCCUCCUACGGCACCAUCCCUACCACCGCCACCUCUGGAACUUCCUCCGAUCUCGAAUUCGUCUCCCGCGCCAAACAGCGCCUCAAAGCCGGCCUCGCCACUCGCGUUCCAUGGAGGCUCAUGUUCGAUUUCCACUCCUUCAACCUUCCAUUCAACUUCCACGAGGCCUUCUCUCGCAUCAAGAACAACCUCGCUUACUUCCGUAUGAACUACGCCAUCAUUCUUCUCAUAAUCCUGCUCUUGAGCCUCUUGUGGCAUCCGAUCUCCCUCAUCGUCCUCGCCGCCAUGCUUGCCGUUUGGUUGUUCCUGUAUUUCCUUCGCGAUGAGCCUCUCUUCUUCUUUGGCCGUCUGAUUGACGAUCGAGUGGUUUUGGCUGUGCUGGCGGUGCUCACGCUCGCGUUCUUGUUUCUGACCAACGCGACGCUCAAUAUCCUGCUUUCGAUUCUGAUCGGCGCUGUGCUUGUGCUGAUUCACUCCGCUGUGAGGAAGACGGAUGAUCUAUUCUUGGACGAAGAAGCUACUGCAGUCUUCACCGUCGGUUCCAAUGCUCCUGGUUCUUCAACUUCCUUCUAAAUCAUUGUAAUGUUUAAUUCGAUUUCAUUGAUCAUUUCAAAUGCAAGUUAAUGCUGUGUUCAUUCUUCGA